GUCACGUGACCUAAGUGGUUUGCCUCCUACCUUGUGUCAGAGCCGGUUGUUUUCGGUAAAGGAUGCGGCGGAGGUCGGACGUCCUGGCAAUCUGUUAACACCGAUAAACGGACAAUACGACCAAGGGCAGGUAGUACACCACCCAGAGGCCUUGUGUCUCUGAUAGCAGUACAUCACCAUGGAAAACCAGGAAGAGAGCAGGAAGUUGAACGGUGGCUCCACCCCCUCGCCCCCGGCCCCUCCUAAAGAGAGCAUGCAGCUGAAGAAGGAGAUCUCCCUCCUCAACGGUGUCAGCCUCAUCGUGGGCAACAUGAUCGGCUCCGGCAUCUUCGUCUCCCCCAAAGGAGUACUGAUCUACAGCGCCUCCUACGGGCUGUCGCUGGUCAUCUGGGCCAUCGGGGGCAUGUUCUCCGUGAUCGGGGCGCUGUGCUACGCAGAGCUGGGCACUACCAUCACCAAAUCGGGUGCCAGCUAUGCCUACAUCCUGGAGGCCUUCGGAGGCUUCAUUGCCUUCAUCCGGCUGUGGACAUCGCUGCUGAUCAUUGAGCCCACCAGCCAGGCCGUUAUCGCCAUCACCUUCGCCAACUACCUGGUGCAGCCGCUCUUCCCCACCUGCGAGCCCCCGUACGCUGGGGCCCGACUGCUGGCUGCCGCCUGCAUCUGCCUGCUGACAUUCAUCAACUCUGCGUAUGUGAAGUGGGGCACCAGGGUCCAGGAUGUCUUCACCUACGCCAAGGUGGCAGCGCUCAUCGUCAUCAUCAUCACCGGCAUCGUCAAGCUCUGCCUUGGUAACACAGUGAACUUUGAGGCUUCGUUCGAGGGCUCGUCAGUGAACCCUGGUGACAUUGCCCUGGCCCUCUACUCUGCCCUCUUCUCUUACUCUGGCUGGGACACGCUCAAUUUUGUUACGGAGGAAAUCAAGAACCCUGAGAGGAACCUGCCCCUGUCCAUCGCCAUCUCCAUGCCAAUCGUCACGGUGAUUUACAUUAUGACUAACGUGGCGUACUACACCGUACUCGACAUGAGCGCCAUCCUGGCCAGCGACGCCGUUGCCGUGACAUUUGCAGACCACACUCUGGGUGUCAUGAGCUGGACCAUCCCCAUCGCGGUGGCUCUGUCCUGCUACGGAGGACUCAAUGCCUCCAUCAUUGCUGCCUCCAGGUUGUUCUUCGUGGGAGCUCGUGAAGGUCACCUCCCUGAUGCUCUUUCCAUGAUCCAUGCUGAGAGGUACACCCCUGUACCUGCUCUUCUCUUCAACUGUGCCAUGACCCUGGUCUACCUGACGGUGGAGGACGUCUUCCAGCUCAUCAACUAUUACAGCUUCAGCUACUGGUUCUUCAUGGGGCUGUCCAUCGCAGGUCAGAUCUACCUGCGCUUCAAGGAGCCAGACAGACCCAGGCCUCUCAAGCUGACGCUGCUGUACCCCGUGGUGUUCUGCAUGUGCACCGUGUUCCUGGUGGCAGUGCCCCUCUACAGCGACACCAUCAACUCCCUCAUAGGCAUCGGCAUUGCCCUCUCCGGUGUGCCUGUCUACUUCCUGGGUAUCCACCUCCCCGAGGACCGCCGGCCGCCCUACGUCACCAAGAUGCUCCAUGCCAUCACCAGUUUUACCCAGUAUACCUGCUUCUGUGUUCUGACUGAGUUGGACAAGAGUUCCUGUUCUCUCCAGGUAACCCUCUGGUCAGGGUGUGGCCCACUCAGACCCAGUCAGGAUGGGAGACCGUGUGUCGGGGUGGAGGGAAGGUGCCUCUUACAGAUAUAUCUGGAGCUGUGCUCUAGUCAAGGGGGGCAGCUUACACUGACAUUAGACAGGGAAUCAUAGAAAUGCAGUACAAAACAGUAUACACAAUGCAGUAUAUAUAUUUAUUAUAGACAUACAGUAUACAUUAACAAUAAAUACAUAUUUGUCACGGAUAUACAGUGUAGUAUAUAUUCAAUAAACACACAUUAUUGAUAUUAAAUACAUACAAUAAUGUAUUGUAGGCAUACAGUACACACAAAAUAAAUGUAUUAUAGAUAUAGGGUUAGUCAAAGAAGUACUACAGUACUUCUUUGUCUGGAUGAAACAGGUUUACGUCAGCUGCUAGGUUAGUGGUUCAGGAACACGUUGUGUGUUGAGUGUCAGCUGCUCGUGGUGGUUUCCUUCUGCAUCAGCCUCUGAUGUAGAAAUAUUAGAUAUAUGUCAUUCACCUCUGAAUAAACUGCCCACAUCCUGAUGUCCUGAACAACCCAAACAUUUCCAUUAAAAUAAUUAAUGAUAAUAAUUACUGAUCUCUGUAUUUUCCAUUGCACUUUUAUCCAAUCAUGAGUUGGAACAGAACAUAUGCUUGUUGUGUCUGUAUGUGUGUUACCAUGUGUGUACACAGACAUGGUAUCUUUGAUCCAGUCAGACAGUACAGUACAGUCCACUCUACUCCCUCCUCUCGAAGGGCUAUGCUCAAAACCCAAACCUUCAGAUCUACAAAUAAUCAUGAAAUAUAGACUUUGUAGCAAUCAAGGCUCCAAUAUGGAUAACGUGUGGAGGUGUGUCAGGGUGAUAGGCUAUUUUGGCAACAGACAAUCAGAGCAUAUGUGUGGGGGGUUUCUGGAUCAUGUGACUUCCUGAUCACAUUAUUGGUUACAACAGUGAAACUAGUUUUGUUUCAUUGUUAAAAUAGGCUCUACACCACAACGGUAGUCUGACUUACAGACAACCUGGCUUUCUAUCAAAUAGGUCUAUGACCUGGUCUUUAUAGUUUUAUCAAAUUUAUUGUAUAGUUUAUCAAUAAAACAUAUUUUACAGAA